CUCAGGUGCUGGAAGGUAUAGCUAAGUGGCACCCGGACAAUGCGGUAGACGCCCUCGGCUUCUCUUCGUGUGCCGGGUCUUAUGAACUGGAAUCGCAGGUGAACGUGCUGGUCCAAAGGCGUGACACUGGGUAGAGUGUUGAGCAAAGCGACAGUCCUUUUCCGCCCAAAUGGGUUCGACGGAGAGUCUAAUGGUCUAGACUGAGAGCACUUGGAGCUCCUGGAACUUGAAGGAAGAAAAGGGUAGCUGGUACGAGGUGUUCUUGGAGUAUCUGGAGUAUCUGUGAGAUGCCUUCGCUUUGCCGCGCGAUAUGAAGGAGAGGGCGAGUCGUCUAGGAGAUGUUUUGGUGCCAUAUCGUGGAAGAAACAAGAAAGGAACGGAUGAAAAGAAUUUGUUGAACGCCGCGGUAACGUGGCCGUGACGUAACGCGUUUAGUCAUGUGAGUGAUGUCACGUCACACCGAUACGAAUUUUGGUCGGGCAAGUCGGGACUCCGCUUUUCGGGCCUGUCCUUUUCGCAUGUCUGAACUUCCCCCCGAAAUCGUGGACACGGUCAUCGAUCAUUUGCAUGAUGAUAAGGCUGCGCUUGGGGCUUGUACCCUCGUUUGCAAGAGCUGGUCAAUAUCGAGCAGAUACCAUUUAUUCGACGAACACGGUGUUUCCGUGAAGCCUAGCAACAUUCACGAUUUUUUAUCUGAUAUCUCCCACUCUCAGUCACUCUUGAGGGACCACCUGCGAUGCCUCACUCUGCGUACAGAAUUCGCUCUUGCGCCUAAGCAGACAUUCGAGUGGAAAGAUAUAUCCAUAUCGCUCCCUCACCUCCCCAAACUCGUCUCCUUGCGUGUCCACUCCCAAACCCAGCACAUACGGUUCUCCUACCACGUUAUCCCCGUCAUAUUCUUACCUCAAACUCUCCAAAACAUCACCCAUCUGGAGGUCGUCAGGACAUCGGUCCACGCCGCCGAUGAUAUUAUCUCUUUAAUGUGUCUAUUCUCCAGGUUGCGAGGGGCACAGUUUUCUUGGAUCCAUUGGCGGAACUGUUCCUCGUUGAUUUCCUCCCUUAAUGCUGCCUUUCCGCCGCUCAAACAGCUGAGCUUGUUGCACCCGCGGAGCCCCGGCGAGGUGAUACGUUGCCUUUCUCGCUUGGACCCUGUCCCCCUAUUACCCCGCAUCGAUGUGGGGCAUAUCGAUACCCCAGAAAUUCCCUCUGUCAAUCGGUACCUGUACAUCCUGGGUUCUUCCCUCGACAUGUUUUGUGUCGGCCUGAAUGACAAAUACGGUACGUUGCUAUUCCAAUUUAAGCGCCAGUGUCUUGAUAGGAUAGCAGAUACGACACUCGACUUGAGCCAGAACACGUCACUGCGCUGCUUACGGCUCCUUGAAUGUCAAGCCGCGAGUCCGACUAUAAAUCUAGCAAGAGUUAUCCAGCAUGUCAAAUCUACCAACCUCGAAAUCCUUGCUCUGGACAUUUACCAGUGGUAUGUGAACAGUGCGGCUGCGGAUUGGGAAGCAUUGGACCAAUAUCUGCUGGAACUUUGGGACGUGCUGCGCCUCAAGGCUGUGUAUAUUGUUACCGUGCCAUUCGCCAAUUUUUCGCGGAAGCUACCACGAUGUGAUAGUCAGAUCAUCUUGCACAUCAGGACUUCUUCUCAAAUACAGUCCUUUCUCAACUCACUGUAACUCGCUAUGGUUGAGUUCAUCGGCUUCGGAUACCUGGGACCCCAUCUAUGACCGGCUUAGCGCUUAAGCCACUUGUCUAACCGUUUAUACGUUGCAGCAGCUGUCCCGAAUACACGAUCCACAGCCUUCCGCAGUGAAGGCAGUUAAUAUAUACACAUGUCGUACCGAGCUUGACACAUUUCAGGAGGCAUUCA